CGCCAUAUCGCCGCGGUAACAUGGAGCAUGGUCGCCCGAUGCAGAGCCUCGGCUUGACCGCGCAGCUGGAGGCGGAGUGGCGGCGCGCCGGCCUCUCCUUCCGCGUGAUGCUGGUCGGAGAGAGCGGCCUCGGAAAGAGCACCUUCACCCGCGCGCUCUUCCGGCCGUUUGUGCCGGACAACGAGCUGUCUGCGAACGACGCGGGGGCGAAGGAGGCGCUGCGCGCGCGGACGACCGAGAUCCGCGAGGUUGUCUUCACCGUGGAGAACGACGGCUUUCCGAUCGAGUUUUCGGUUGUCGACUGCCCCGGCUACGGCGACUCUGUCGACUCGACCGAGUGGAUCGACUCCAUCGUCGGAGACAUCACACGCCGCUUCGCCUCGCACUACGACAGUAACCACGCUUCGGGCGCCUCCGUCGGCAACGGGCUGCAGCGCGACGGCAUGGUGCACGCGUGCCUCUACUUCAUCGCCGCGCACCGCCUCAAGGGCGCCGACAUCGAGUUCAUGAAGCGGCUGCAGCCGUACGUCAACAUCGUGCCCGUGAUUGCAAAGAGCGAUACUAUGACCGUCGGAGAGAGGGACGCGUUCCGCCGCCUCAUCCUCUCGGAGCUCAAGGCGGCCCGUGUGUCGAUGUUCGAGCUCGCGCCGCCUCCAGCCGUCGCCUCCCCUCCCCCCUCUGCUCGCGGCGCCGCCUCAAAGAAGGGCGCCCCCACGCCGCCGCCCUCGCCGCCCUCGCGCGCCCCGCUGGGCGAAUUCGGGGAGCGCAUCCUCUCUAGCGUCAUCGCCCAAAUUAACUCUUAAUCAACCCUAAUUAACUCUUAAUUAGGAGCGGAUCCUCUCUAGCGCCUUCCACCCACAUCUCCCCAGAUCUCCCUCAGAUCUCUAGCGUCAUCCAAUAUAGCCUCAUAUCUCCCCAUAUCUCCCCAUAGGAGCGGAUCCUCUCUAGCGUCAUCCCCCAAAUUAACUCUUAAUCAACCCUAAUCAACUCUUAAUUAGGAGCGGAUCCUCUCUAGCGUCAUCCCCCCGCCCUCCGCGCCUCCGCCCAAGCCGCCCGCCGCCUCGUCGACGCCCGCUCAGCGCGGCGCGGCGCUGGCCCACGGCAACACGUCGCCGCCGCCGUUUGCGGUGUGCGCGUCGGAGGAUGGGACUCGCGUCUACCCGUGGGGGGUGGCGUGCGCGGAGGACCCGACCCACUCGGACCUGUCCACGUUGCGCGCGAUGCUCUUCGCCGGCUCGAUGCUGUCGGCCAAGCGCGCCACGUUGGGGCUGUACGAGCAGGCGUACGCGCGGCGGCGUGCGGCGGACGAGCGAUCGCAGCAAGAGCGCGAGGCGCGCGCGCUGUCGCGGCAGGUCUUUGCCGCCAAGACGAUCGCUGCUGUCAUCACUCUCGGUGUCGCCGUUGGCCUCGCUGCCUCUGCCGCCCCCGCCGCCGCUGCGACGGUAGUGGCGCACGCGCAGAGCGCCGCCAGCGCCGCCGGCACCGCCGCUUUGCGGGCGGCGUCGACAGGGGCGACGGCGCUGGCGCAAGCGGCUCGCAAGCGAAUAGCGGCGAAGAGCUAGC